UGCGCGCUCUACCUCUUCCCAGCAACCUUUGCGGACGGAACUCCAGGACGUUCCUUAGCAGCCGCAAGAUGGCGGGUCGACCGGUACCUAUUAAAGAUAUGAAGCUCCUGGACGUGAAACUGGGUCAGCUGCCCUCCUGGCUAGCAUCACUAAACUACACCCCCAGAGCAAUGUUUGAAGCUUGCCGGAGAGGCCACAACAGGUUCUACUCAAAAUACUGGGAUGUGAAGAAAUGUGGCAUCAGCGGUCCGGCCAUAUUAAUAACGGCUUAUGUGAUUUUCAGCUAUUAUACAGUAUACGACCAUCUUAAGGAGGAGCGCUGGAGAAAAUAUCACUGAGAAUCCUUGGACAAGUAUAGAAGUUGGCUUGCUGUGACCAGUCAACUAAAGGCAACCGACCUCUGGAUUUCUCUUAUAAAAUAGCAAAUGUAUGCUGAGACCAAUAAUAAAAUAUUCAGUCUGUG